CCCCUUGCCUUCUUCCCGCCCCUGACGUCGUCUCCUCCGUGGGUUGCUCCACUUGCUCUCGCCUAGCUCCGCCUUCUCCAGCCCCUCCCCUGCCUUCCAAGAUGGCUGCGCUGCUACCGGGCCCGGAGCCGUGGAACCGCGUGAGGAUCCCCAAGGCAGGGAGCCGCAGCGAAGUGACAGUACAGGACCCCAGCGCGGCGCUGGACCUUUGCAUUGCAGCUGUAAUUAAAGAAUGCUGUCUUGUUACACUGUCACUGAAGAGCCAAAUCUUAGAUGCAGAAACAGAUGUGUUAUGUGCAGUCCUUUACAGCAAUCACAACAGAAUGGGCCGCCACAAGCCCCAUUUGGCCCUCAAACAGGUUGAACAGUGUUUAAAACGUUUGAAGAACAUGAAUUUGGAAGGUUCAAUUCAAGAUCUCUCUGAGUCAUUUUCUUCUAAUGAAAAUCAGCCUGUAGCUACCAGAGCAUGUGUCAUCCCCAGCCAACCAGUGGUGGAAUUCGUGUUGAUGAAGAUUUUAGGAGCCUGCAAGUUGCUGCUACGCCUUUUGGACUGUUGCUGCAAGACAUUUCUCUUGACUGUGAAACAUCUAGGUUUGCAAGAAUUCAUUAUUUUAAACCUUGUGAUGGUUGGGCUGGUGAGCAGGUUAUGGGUUCUCUAUAAAGAUGUUUUAAAAAGACUGAUUUCUUUAUAUGAGCCAUUGUUUGGAUUACUUCAGGAGGUCUCCAGGAUUCAACCAUUGCCUUACUUCAAAGGUUUCACCUUUCCUUCUGAUAUUGCUGAAUUUUUAGGAGAGCCCUAUUUUGAAGUCUUUAAGAAAAAAAUGCCUAUAGCUUUUGCAGCUAAAGGAGUAACUAAAUUGCUAAAUAAACUGUUUUUAACAAAAGAGCAAUCACAAAGGUCCAGUGAGGAAACUUUACUUAGAAUUUCCAAAAAAUCUAAACAAAUGAAGAUCGAUAUACAGAAUAAUGUGGAUCUUGGACAGCCAGUAAAGAAAAAGAAAAUCUUAAAAGAAGAAUCAUCAGAAUUUGAUGUGAGGGCUUUCUGCAAACAGCUGAAACAUAAAACUAUUCAGACUAACUUUGAGUUUAAAUGUUCUCAAUCCAAAUUAAAGGCAACCAAACAUUCUUGGAAAGCAAUAGGAACUCCCUGUGUGAAAAGUUUUGUGCAAAGAUUCCAAGAAGCUGAGACUUUCAUAGAACUUUCUAAAGAAAUCCAAAUGGCGAUUCAGUGGUGUAGGAGCAAAAAACUCAAGGCUCAGACCACCUUUCUGGGUAGUAAACUUCUUAAAAGCAACCGGCUUAAACAUGUGGAAGCUCAAGGCUAUAGUUUGCCAAAGAAACUUGAGUGCCUAAAAACGUCUGUUUGCAACUGCCUUCUUCAUGGCUCAGGUAGCAAAACUUCAAAGCAUCAUCUGAGACGAAGAAGAUCACAGAAUAAAUUUUCAAUGAGACGAAGGAAACCACAGAGAAAACUGCAGUCGACUCUUUUAAAGGAAGUCCAGCAGCCACCUCAAGGGACUCAGAGUGCUACACACACCAAUAAAGGGAGACUCUCACACCCUGCAGUUCGCAGAACUGAUCUCUUUCCUAACAAUAAGCAACUCUUGCGUAGAAGAGUUUCAAAUCCUGUCAUACAAACUAAGGAGAAACAAAUACAUGAAAAUGUUAUAGGAAGCAAUGAAAAUGAAACUGAUUCUUGGACAAUGAUGCAAAUAAACAAACAUAAUACAACAGGAACCAUUAAGGAGACACACGACAUUGAUGAUAUUUUUGCUUUGAUGGGAGUUUAGAUGCUCAUAUGUAAGACUUUUAAGUAAUUAACUAACUGGUCCAGUGUUUUGCUGUUUUAAGUAGAACAGCUGAGAUCUGGAAAGAUCUGGAAGUACCACUUGGACUUAGAGCUGCUUUAGUGCAACAUUGUACAGCAGUUCAUUUCAGUUCAAUAAACAUUUAUCAUAGUUUUGUGUCA